GCGAGCGGCAACAGUGGCGGCGACGCCGGCAGCGCGGGGGGCAGUGGCGGCGGCGGGGGCUGAGCGCGGCCGCGGCUGCAGGAGGCGGAGGAUCGGCAGCAGCAGCGGGGCUGGCUGGAAGAAGUUGGAUUCCAUGGGUUCCAAGCGGCGAAGGGCUACAUCUCCUUCCAGCAGUGCCAGUGGAGGAGAUUUUGAUGAUAGUCACCACUCUACGAACACACCGGGCCCAAGUAGAAAGAGGAGACGGCUUUCCAACCUCCCAACAGUUGAUCCUAUUGCUGUGUGUCAUGAAUUAUACAAUACAAUCAGAGAUUACAAAGAUGAACAGGGGAGGCUUCUAUGUGAGCUUUUCAUUAGAGCCCCCAAACGAAGAAAUCAGCCAGAUUACUAUGAAGUGGUUUCUCAGCCUAUUGAUUUAAUGAAAAUCCAACAAAAGCUAAAAAUGGAGGAAUAUGAUGAUGUAAACGUGCUAACUGCUGACUUCCAACUGCUAUUUAAUAAUGCAAAAUCCUACUAUAAGCCAGAUUCUCCUGAAUAUAAGGCUGCCUGCAAACUGUGGGAUUUAUACAUGCGCACAAAGAAUGAAUUUGUUCAAAAGGGAGAUGCUGAAGAAGACGACGAAGAGGAGGAUGGCCAUGACAAUCAAGGGACAAUUUCUGAAAUAUCUUCUCCAGGUUAUUUAAAAGAGAUUCUUGAACAGCUUCUUGAAGCCGUAGUUGUAGCCACAAAUCCAUCAGGCCGCCUCAUCAGUGAGCUUUUUCAGAAGCUUCCCUCUAAAGUGCAAUAUCCUGACUAUUAUGCAAUAAUUAAAGAGCCCAUAGAUCUGAAGACUAUUGCCCAGCGAAUACAGAAUGGAAGUUAUAAAAGCAUUCAUGCAAUGGCCAAGGACAUAGAUCUGCUAGUUAAGAAUGCCAAAACCUACAAUGAGCCUGGGUCUCAAGUAUUCAAGGAUGCAAAUGCAAUAAAAAAAAUAUUUAAUAUGAAAAAGGCGGAAAUUGAGCAUUCAGAAUUGACCAAAUCAAGUCUCCGAGUCAGGACUACAAAUUUGGCUGCUUCCAAGCUGACAGGUCCUUCCUCACAGGGUAAAGGCAAUGUUGUUGAUGAGAGAAAUUCUGCUAAUAAAUAUUACCGUAACAAAAGAGCUGUCCAAGGAGAUCGUUUAUCAGCAAUAACCAUGGCAUUGCAGUAUGGAUCUGAAAGUGAUGAAGAUGCUGUUCUGGCUGCUGCUGCUCGUUAUGAAGAAGGGGAAUCAGAAGCUGAGAGCAUUACUUCCUUUAUGGAUACUUCCAAUCCUCUCUAUCAGCUUUAUGAUACAGUUAGAAACUGCCGGAACAACCAGGGGCAGCUUAUAUCGGAACCUUUUUUCCAUUUACCCUCCAAGAAAAAGUAUCCUGAUUAUUAUCAGCAAAUCAAAAUGCCAAUUUCAUUGCAGCAAAUCAGAACAAAACUGAAGAACCAUGAAUAUGAAACACUUGACCAUUUGGAAUGUGAUCUGAACUUGAUGUUUGAAAACGCCAAACGUUAUAAUGUUCCAAAUUCAGCCAUUUAUAAGAGAGUGUUGAAAAUGCAGCAGGUUAUGCAGGCAAAGAAGAAGGAGCUAGCUAGAAGAGAUGAAAUUGAGGAUGGGGACAGUAUGAUCUCUUCUGCCACAUCUGAUGCUGGAAGUUCAAAAAGAAAAAGCAAAAAGAAUAUAAAGAAACAGCGAAUGAAAAUUUUAUACAACGUUGUCCUUGAUGCACGAGAGCCAGGAACUGGCCGAAGACUGUGUGAGCUGUUUAUGGUGAAACCUUCCAAAAAAGACUAUCCAGAUUACUACAAAAUCAUCUUGGAACCGAUGGAUUUGAAGAUAAUAGAACAUAACAUCCGCAGUGACAAGUACUCAGGGGAGGAGGGAAUGAUAGAAGAUAUGAGAUUAAUGUUCCGAAAUGCAAGGCAUUAUAAUGAAGAAGGUUCUCAGGUAUACAAUGAUGCUCAUAUCCUGGAGAAAAUUCUUAAAGAUAAAAGAAAAGAGCUGGGACCUCUGAUUGAAGACGAGGAGGUUGCUUCCCCCAAAUUGAAAUUAAGUAGAAAAACUGGUAUAUCCCCUAAAAAAUCAAAAUACAUGACUCCAAUGCAGCAGAAACUUAAUGAGGUGUAUGAAGCUGUGAAGAACUACACAGAUAAGAGAGGAAGAAGGCUCAGUGCUAUUUUUCUACGACUUCCAUCACGGUCAGAGCUUCCUGACUACUACCUGACCAUUAAGAAACCAGUUGAUAUGGAGAAGAUCAGAAGCCACAUGAUGGCCAACAAGUACCAAGACAUCGAUGCCAUGGUAGAAGAUUUUGUAAUGAUGUUCAACAAUGCCUGCACUUACAAUGAACCAGAAUCCUUGAUUUACAAAGAUGCCUUGGUUCUACAUAAAGUUUUGCUUGAGACCAGAAGAGACAUAGAAGGUGAUGAAGAUUCUCAUGUUCCGAAUGUAACAUUGCUGAUCCAAGAACUUAUACAUAAUCUUUUUGUCUCUGUCAUGAGUCAUCAAGAUGAUGAGGGCAGAUGCUAUAGUGACUCCUUAGCUGAAAUUCCUGCUGUUGAUCCCAGUUUCCCCACUAAAGCACCCCUGACUUUUGAUAUCAUACGAAAGAAUGUAGAAAAUAACCGGUACAGGAGAUUGGACUUGUUCCAAGAGCAUAUGUUUGAAGUGCUGGAGCGAGCAAGGAGGAUGAACAGGACUGAUUCAGAGAUUUUCGAGGAUGCAGUAGAACUACAACAGUUUUUUAUCAAAAUCCGUGAUGAACUCUGCAAGAAUGGGGAGAUCUUAUUAUCACCAGCUCUCAGCUACACUACCAAACAUCUUCAUAAUGAUGUAGAAAAAGAAAAAAAGGAAAAACUCCCAAAGGAAAUGGAAGAGGACAAACUCAAAAGGGAAGAGGAGAAAAGAGAAGCUGAAAAGAGUGAAGAUACUUCUGGAGGAUCAGGACUGUCUAGUUUACACAGGACAUACAGCCAAGAUUGCAGCUUUAAGAACAGCAUGUAUCAUGUUGGAGAUUAUGUAUAUGUUGAACCUGCAGAAGCCAAUUUGCAACCUCAUAUAGUCUGUAUUGAACGAUUGUGGGAAGAUUCAGCUGGGGAAAAAUGGUUGUAUGGCUGCUGGUUUUACCGACCAAAUGAAACAUUUCAUCUUGCUACUCGAAAGUUUUUGGAGAAGGAAGUGUUCAAGAGUGAUUAUUACAACAAAAUUCCUGUGAACAAAAUUCUCGGUAAAUGUGUGGUCAUGUUUGUUAAGGAAUAUUUUAAGCUGUGUCCAGAAAAUUUUAGGGAUGAAGAUGUCUAUGUUUGUGAAUCGCGUUAUUCUGCAAAGACAAAGUCUUUUAAGAAAAUAAAAUUGUGGACUAUGCCAAUUAGCUCUGUACGAUUUGUUCCUCGAGAUGUGCCCUUGCCUGUGGUUCGAGUUGCCUCAGUCUUCGCUAAUACAGACAAAAUUGAUGAAGAAAAACAUACUGAAACCUUAGAGGAAAGCAAAGUGGGAGACAGUGUCCUUAGCCUUGAAAAGGAUAAAGAAGACGUUCCAGUAGAAAUGUCAAAUGGAGAACCUGGCUGUCACUACUAUGAACAACUUUGUUACAAUGAUAUGUGGUUGAAGGUUGGGGAUUGUGUGUUCAUAAAAUCACAUGGUUUAGUCCGACCCCGAGUUGGCAGAAUAGAAAAAAUGUGGGUAAGAGAUGGAGCUGCAUAUUUCUUUGGGCCAAUCUUUAUACAUCCAGAAGAAACUGAACAUGAACCAACUAAAAUGUUUUAUAAGAAGGAAGUUUUUUUGAGUAACCUAGAAGAGACAUGUCCCAUGACUUGCAUUUUGGGGAAGUGUGCUGUGUUGUCUUUCAAAGACUUCCUAUCCUGUAGGCCAACUGAGAUCAGUGAAAAUGAUGUUCUCCUCUGUGAAAGCCGCUAUAAUGAAAGUGACAAGCAGAUGAAAAAAUUUAAGGGAUUGAAAAGGUUUUCUCUCUCUGCAAAAGUCGUAGACGAUGAAAUUUACUACUUCAGGAAGCCCAUAGUUCCUCAGAAGGAGCCAUCUCCACUGCUUGAAAAGAAAAUCCAACAGCUGGAAGCAAAAUUUGCUGAAUUGGAAGGAGGUGAUGAGGACAUUGAAGAGAUUGGGGAAGAGGAAGGUGAAGUUGCAGAAGCUCCAGCUAUUCCUCAGCUGCAGACUCCCUUGUCCAGUGAACUAGAUAUAAUGCCAUAUACACCUCCACAGUCCACUCCCAAGUCUGCCAAGGGUAAUGUAAAGAAGGAAGGUUCAAAAAGAAAGAUCAACAUGAGUGGUUAUAUCCUAUUUAGUAGCGAAAUGAGAGCAGUUAUCAAAGCUCAACACCCAGACUAUUCUUUCGGAGAGCUCAGUCGGCUUGUUGGAACAGAGUGGCGAAACUUAGAAGCAUCCAAGAAAGCAGAAUAUGAAGAGCGAGCAGCUAAGGUUGCUGAGCAGCAGGAGAGAGAGCGAGCAGCACAGCAACAGCAGCAGAAUUCUUCCCCCCGGGCAGGGACUCCUGUGGGGGCUCUUAUGGGGGUGGUGCCACCACCAACACCAAUGGGGAUGCUCAAUCCACAGUUGACACCUGUUCCAGGCAUGAUAGGUGGCUAUCCACCAGUGCUGCCACCUUUACAAGGCCCAGUUGAUGGCAUUGUUAGCAUGAGCAGCAUGCAGCCACUUCACCCUGGGGUGCCUCCACCCCACCAACUUCCACCAGGCAUGCCAGGCAUCCCACCGCAGGGUGUUAUAGGCCAAAAUGUUCCUUCCAUAGUAGGAACUCAAGCACCAGGAAGUCCAUUUGGACAGCAAAUGGGUAUCCUUGGCCCCCCAGGCCAACAGGCACCACCACCCUAUCCUGGUCAGAAUCCCACAACUCAGCCGGUCAUUCAGCAGCCUACAACUCCUAUGUUUGUCUCCCCUCCACCAAAGACACAGAGGCUUCUUCACUCUGAGGCUUAUCUAAAAUACAUUGAAGGUCUAAGUGCUGACUCAAAUAGCAUUAGUAAGUGGGACCAGACCCUUUCGGCACGGAGGCGUGAUGUCCACCUCUCAAAAGAACAAGAGAGCCGUCUUCCUACACACUGGUUGAAGAGCAAAGGGGCCCAUACAACAAUGGCAGAUGCACUGUGGCGCCUUCGAGACUUGAUGUUGAGAGAUACUCUUAACAUCCGCCAAGCAUAUAACAUAGAAAAUGUUUAACCUUUUGAUACCAACAUAUAAAGAGUUCGUGGAACAAUAGCAGUUUUAGUUAUUGGUGGGGUUGGGCAAACUGUUUUUAUUGCAUCUUACUGUACAUUGCAAGUUUUUUUUAUAUAAGGACACUUUUAAUAAGUAUAUUUCACUUUUUGUUAUAUUAUGUUGACUUUUCUUAAAUAUACAGACUUGUGCAUAUGGUUAUUUGACUUGGAAGAUGAUCUCAUAUUUGGUUAUAAAUGCAAAACAAGGUGUCAUCUUUUUAUUUACUCUUGAGAUUUCUGAUGCCAUUGAUUUUUUUAAAAAAACAACAGAAGAGUGUUUACAGUUUUGCUCAGAAAAAUGUGAAAUUACUCCUGGUUUACACUUAGCAUAAUGAGAAUCCAUGUGCUUGUGUGGUACUUACUUCUGACAGAUACUUCACAACUAAACAACUUGUUCUAAAUAGAACUGUUGGGCUGAGUAGGGAAUGGGAAUCAACUUGGUAAAUGUAAAACUUUGUGUGGCUGCUCUAAGGGUCCCAGAGCUUGAUAUAAAAGAAUAGAAAAAAUUGGCAAAGCCAUAACUUUGGAUAGAGUAGCUUCUAUUGGUACUGCAAGUUCCAGUUGUCAUUUGUAGAACUGUUAAUAUUGAAAGUAGUCUCAUCAACAAAAAUAAGAAACCUGGCAUCUGUCGCCAGCAGACAUUGGCCUAAGGAGAGAGAGCAUAUAUCUACUGUACUUCUCCAGAAUAAGGUCACCGCUCAUCAUCACCACUGCAGCUCCCUUAGGGGAGUCUAUUGGAGGAAACAUACAGCUGUUUUGUUCUAUUUUGCUGUUUUAAAAUGGUUCAGAUUUUGAUGGGCUACAUAAUGCCUUUUAAUCUCCAAAUCAGUAACAGAACAUCUACAUAUUAAAAAGUUAGAUUUUUAAAGAUACAAAACUUUAUCUGUCAAUACUUAUAUUUAAGAUUUUCUGACAUUCCUGUUGCCAGAAGCAGAACUGGAUGUUUCAUUCUUUGCACAGUUUCAAGUCAGUAUUGCAAGAUUGAUACAGAUGUUUAACUCUGACCUUAAAGGUUAAGCAGCAGGACACUUUGAAGGGACACUUGCAUUUAAAAAUAUUUUUUCUGUUAAUGAUUUGGCAUUUUGUAUCCUAAAAGUUCUUUACACUGACAAAAAGCAUUGUAGUUCAGUUGUUGAGAAUUUUAACAGAAUAAUUACAACUGUAUUGCGGUGCUUAUAUUGAUAACAGUAUAUAAUAAGGUUUAUAGAUAAAUGAUUCUAUAUAUCUAUAUAUAGAUAUGUAGAAUCAAGUGCUUAAAUUUUUAAUAAAACUUCCAAGUAAAUUCCUUGGAAUCACAGUCUUAGGGCAUUUGUAUUAUAGUAUUUGUCUUCUUUAAUUGCAAUCCAGAGAUUACUUAUAGGUGUGUCUUUAGUCCUGAGUGAGGCCCGUUGUGCCUUUGACCUUCUUAAUUUUCUUCUGUCAACAGAUUCUACCCCACUGUAGGGAAGUUCACUGUGCAAGUUGUCUGGUUUGUUACAUAGAUAUAUAAUGAGAUUUCCUAGAGUCAUGGCCUUCAGCUGCUCAGGAUGUGGUUUAUAAAGUUAAUACAGCCUUAAGCUGUGACAACUAUUAGAGAGGCUCAUCAGUACAGUUCAGUUUAUAAAAGAAAGAUAUAAAGAGGUUUCUGUUAACCAAGAUAAACCUGGAAUAAUGAGAUUCAUGUAGUAUUGUGGUGAUGUGAUCCUUGUUUUGAUUACAAGGUAAUUUGAUAAAGAAUUGUUACCGUAUUGGUUUCGGAAAAUUAAUGGUUUGCCAGAAGAUAACGUUUAUUGGACCAACUGUUAGUGUAGUUAAUGAACGUUGUAAUUCCGUAUCUGUUUUUAAUGCAAACCUAGAAAAUGUAAGUUUCAUGUAAAAUUGACAUUUUAGGGCCUGUUUCAACAGUACUGAGAAUACUGAUGAUGUAUAAUGAUAAGAGCAAGUAGUUUGUGUAACAUGCAACCCCAAAAGAUAAAGAUCCAGUUCUUCAAAUGAGGUACUAAUGUAAAAUACAAUUUGAUUAACAUUAUAGAGAAGAAAUGUUUUCUAUCCUUAACUUCUACAAGCUAAAUAGUCUGUGUAUGCAUAUCUUUAGUUUGUAGCCUUUGACAAUAUUUUAAAAUAUCAGAGGUACCCAGGAGUGCUGCUAUUCCCAAAUCUGUGCAGCCACCCAGGGGGUUUCCUUAGCUUUGUAGUAUCUCCCAGCACCAAACCAGUUCUCCUUGGGAGAUGCUUAAGUGAGUCCAUAGAUGCUUUUCUGUAUCCGGGCCACUAUAUUGGACAUUGCCUCAGACAUUGCAGUUUUCAACAACAAAGUUUUAAAAAUGCAGCAAGUUUUUGUUCUUUUUAGUACUUAGAACCAUCAUACCUUUACUAAUAUAAUCAUUUUAGGCAUUGCAAAAAUUACACCAAAGAACCUAAAAUUUAUUUAUUUGUUAUUUAUUUUUUAAAAAUACUUCUUUUAAGAACAGGAAGACACCUUUUGGAAGCUAUGUAUGUCAGAAAGAUCAGUGUUGAAUAAUCUGCAGCGUUGUCUUUCCCAGACUUUCAAGCUAAGGGCAGCUUUACUACUCCUAGUGGACGAGGAGUAAACAAUUAGAAUUGUAAAUGAGGCCUUAGCCUUUUCUUUAUGGCAGUGCAGAGCACUGCUCCUAGACUGUUGGGCUGGCCCUAAUUAAUUUAAUUUAUUCCAAAAUCAUGUCUCUAUGUACUUGGGAGCAUUUCAGUAAUUUCAGGGUUUAAGAUUUAGUGGCUACAAUCCAGUAUUGCACAACCAGCUAACGGAACUAUAUUAUAAAUUGUUCAAGAAAACAAACUUAUGUCUCAUUUGUGGCCAUUUGACCCCAUUUGUUUUUUUCCACAGCCACGCAGUGUAUUAGAAUUAAAAAGACUUUGACAAUGGAAAUAAAAGUAUGGGAAGUGGUUGGCUUGCGUGAGUGGAAAAUAUAUAUUUCAUUAAACCAACUGGAAAUGCU